UCAUUCGAUGCUCUCGACACACGAGAUCUCUCCGAAACUCCGCCAACACCACCGUCAUCAUUCCAAGCACGGCCUGUGGAUCGGGGCUUCACGGCCUGGCUCCAAGUCCUGGGCGCAUCACUGUUAUUCCUGAACGCCUGGGGCCUGGUCAGCGCCUUCGGAACCUUCCAGACCUACUACCACGUCAUCCUCCUCGCCGGGACAUCUAACGCAUCGAUCGUAUCCAUCGGCUCGCUGGCCGGCUUCCUCCUCUGCGCCACGCCGCUGGCCUGGAACAUCAUCUUCGGCGGCGAAGGCGUCAGGUUACCGAUGCGGCUAUUGCUCCUCAUCGGGAGCAUGCUCACAGUCCUAGGUCUCUUCUUGACCAGUCUCUGCACCACGCUGUGGCAGUUUCUGCUGACUCAGGCCGUAUGCUGUGGUCUUGGCAGUGGCUGCCUCUUCCUAGUCGCGGCUUCGAUCCUACCUUCCUACUUCGUCCGUCGUCGCGCUUUGGCUCUGGGUCUAGCAGCCUCUGGAAGCGGUGUCGGCGGGAUCGUGUAUCCGCUCGUCUUCCGGUCUUUACUCCCGCGAUUCGGAUUCGCCUGGAGUGUCCGAGCCGUCGCCAUGGUUGCCUUGGUGACGCUGGUGAUCCCCUGCAUUAUCCUCCGCCAACGCCCAUCGCCAGACACACAGCCCCACCCCCAAUCAGAUGACGACGAAGAGACCCCUUCUCCCCCCCGAAGGAGUCUCCACAUCACCUGUACCGCCCUCCUCAAAGACCGCGCCUACCUCGCCUUCAACACCGCCACCUUCUUCAGCUUCGCCGGCGCUUACAUCCCCUUCUUCUUCAUCGAGCAACACGCCGCACGGCACGGGAUGCCCCUCAGCGGUUCCAUGCUGUUGUUCCUGCACAUCGGGAGCAUCCCCGGCACCCUCCUGCCCGCGCUUCUCGCCAACCGCCGGGAGGACCGCCAGAACUUCCUCCACCCCGUCUACCUGUUCUCCGGGCUUUCAGGAUCCGCGGCUCUGCUCGCGUUCCUUUGGGCGGGGAUUCCGGCCCGCGCGACCGCUUUGCUGGCGGUUUGGUGCGUGUUGUUCGGGUUCUGUAUGGGUGCGUGCGCGGGGCUGCAAGGGGCGGUGCUGGCGUCGUUGACCCCAAUCGAGGCGUCCGGGAAUUUCUUCGCGGGCGCAUUGGGACUCCUCGUGGGAGGGCCGGUCGCCGGGCUGAUGGUCGGGCGGGCGUGGAUUUAUGCGCAGGUCUUCUGUGGGGUGAUGCUGGCGUUUGCGACGAUCGCGGUG